GAGAGUGUUGGUGCUACGUCAUUCAGAGACCACCCUCACACAGUGCUACUACUGACUCACUAAUGUCAGAUGAGCAGACGACUCUUGUGAUUCAUAGUGAAGGGAAAAUGAGGUGUGAAUACGGCUGAAAGAUCGCCGCUGUAUUGUAGUAUUGUGUGUUUGAAAAUCUUGACCUCCAAGAUGGAUAUGAUGGAUGGAGAGACUGUGUAUAACUCUCACGACGACUCCCAUAUCGUUAUGUCAGAGAAAGUACAGUCUCUAGCAGGUAGUAUCUAUCAGGAGUUUGAACGAAUGAUCGUGAAGUAUGAUGAAGAUGUGGUCAAGGAUUUAAUGCCCCUAGUAGUCAACAUCUUGGAAUGUCUUGACCUUGCCUACACUGAGAACCAAGAACAUGAGGUGGAGGUGGAGUUACUGCGAGAGGAUAACGAGCAGCUGGUUACGCAGUAUGAACGGGAGAAACAGCUCAGGAAAGUUUCGGAGCAGAGACUGCUGGAGCUGGAGGAUGGCAUGGAAGAGGAGAAGAAGCAGUGCCAGUCCCGAGUGGAGACGCUCGAGUCCAUUGUGCGGAUGUUCGAGCUCAAAAACAGAAAUGCAACUGACCAUGCAAAUCGGAUGGAAGACAAAUCAGAAGAAUUGAAAAAUGAGUAUACAAAGCUGCACAAUCGAUAUUCAGAGCUAUUCAAAACUCACAUGGACUACAUGGAACGCACCAAGAUACUCAUGGGCACUGACCGACUCGACCAGCUUGGAACCUCCAGAGGCAGGAUCUCUGGGUUUACCUUAGGCAAUCUCAACAGUAUACCUUUCAGAUCAUCGGGUCCACUUUCCUUUGGCUUCAACUCACUAGACCCCAAUAAAUCUAUAACUUCACCAGUGGACAUGAGUGGGUCUGCAAAUGGCAUUGUACAGAUCACGUCCCUCAAAAAUGAAUUGCAGGAAGCACAAGUUGGGCCAGACACUCCAGUUGUACACACAGACAAAGGUCAGCUGACGGACACAAUUGAACAGGCUGAUCGGGAAACGGCCACAAAAGGAGGAUGGGUAGAUGGAUUUACUCCAGAAUCAGAAGUUAUGUCAUCACCAGAGAUGGAAGAUCUUGAGGACAUAUCUAUGGACACCAGUAUUGGUCCUGAGGGUAAACCACCUGGCAGAAUUAAGUCAACCACUACAAAACAUAAAGAGGAGCGAACAGGAAACACGCUCUACCAAGAAUUACAGUUCCAAGAACCUGAUGCCUUAGCAGAAAUGGAUGAAGGAGCAGACAUCACAGACAGUGGGAGUGAGGAAGGUGGGAACUCUCCCACGUACUCUGUCACAGACAACUUCUUUGGAAUGGGUAAAGAAGUGGAAAAUCUCAUCAUGGAAAAUAAUGAGCUACUGGCUACCAAGAAUGCCCUAAACAUAGUGAAAGAUGACCUUAUUGCCAAAGUAGAUGAACUAACAAGUGAGCAAGAGAUAUUACGAGAAGAGAUAAAGUCCCUGAAUGCUGUGAAAUCAAGAUUAAAACUACGAAUCACGGAGUUGGAGGAUGAGGUGAAGAAGGUCAAGGAAGAGGCCGAGAAAAAUGCUAAAGCUAACAAGUCUGAUGAUGAAGAGGAUGUACCAAUGGCUCAGCGCAAGAGGUUUACUAGAGUUGAAAUGGCACGGGUGUUAAUGGAACGUAACCAGUAUAAGGAGCGGUUUAUGGAGCUUCAGGAAGCAGUACGCUGGACAGAAAUGAUUCGAGCCUCCAGGAAUGAUCCAAGCGUAGAUAAGAAAAACAAGCAAACUAUAUGGAAAUUCUUUAGUAACCUGUUUAGUACAUCUGAAAAACCUCAAAGAAAGCCUCUUCCCUAUGGUAAUGUUCGCUACAGUGCUCCAGCCCAUCAAGUCACUCCAGCACUAGACACAAUGCGUCGCAAGAACCUCUCUGACCACAGACGCAAAGGUCUCGAGAUCUUUGAUACAGGAUUUGACAGUCCUGAAGACGUGAGCCGGGAACCAUCCCCCCUCAACUUCCUCUCCCCCACCAUUAGUUCCUCAGAGAAGCUGCAACAGCGUCGUGCCACGGAGAGACGAGAACAAUACAAGCAAGUUCGUGCACACGUUAAGAAGGAUGAUGGCCGCAUGCAAGCCUAUGGGUGGAGUUUGCCUGCUAAAACAGGUCAAAAGGCCAUUGAGGGACCUCAGGCUCAACCCAAGAGCACUUCUUCAACACACGUGCCUGUUCCUGUACCUGUAUACUGUCGUCCACUUAUGGAGAAGGAGCCAGGGAUGAAGAUCUGGUGUGCUGCAGGAGUUAACUUGACAGGAGGAAGAACAAAAGAUGGUGGGAAUAUUGUAGGUGCCAGUGUUUUCUACUCCGGUGACACAGAGACAACAAUAAUUAAACCUGAAGAUGAAAUAGAUAAAUUAGAUAUGGAACUGAAGCUGGAACCGGUCAGUGUGACACUACAGGAUACAUCUCUGCCUUCUGGAGAGGAAUCAAUGACUCCUCACAAUAACAGUCCCCUUGAACCUCCUGAGGAUGCUCAGGGAACUUCUCAUAACUACCAGUCACCUCAGCCUCCUGGAGAUGAUGUGGAGUCUCCUUCUGACCGCCAGCCACCUCAGCCUUCUGGGGAUGAUCUGGAAUCUCCUGCCCGCCAGCCACCUCAGCCACUUGAAGAUGUUCUGGGAACUUCUCCAGACUGCCAUCCACCUCAGUCUCUGGAACAUGAAAAAGAUAGAAAAGAAGGAGAACUUCUAGAGCAAACUCUUUCGUCUCUAGUUUGGAUAUGUACAUCUACCCACUCCAUUAGUAAAGUUACAGUCAUCGAUGCUAAUAACCCAGCAGACAUCCUCGAAUCAUUCCAUGUCUGCUCUUCACAUCUUCUCUGCAUAGCUAGUGUUCCAGGUGCCAAAGAGUCUGACUACUCCAUUGAUGAAGAUCUGAAUAAGUUAGUUGAGGAGUCACAGCAAAACAAUUGUGAUAACCCGGAUGAUACUAGUGCCAAUGAGAACAAAAAUAAAGAGGAGAGCGGUCCGUCCAUGGGGACCCUUUCCUUCAUAAGCUGUGCUGCUGGCAGUGAAACAGGGGCACCUGAUUCACCCUCAGAGAAGGAGCCUGAAGAAAUUAAACCUGUUCUGCGCAAAGAAACAAUCACCUGUACAGAUCCAGAUCAAGAUGCAGACAGGGCCGAAGUAAUAGAAAAUUCAGAAGAGGAAGAAGUUCCUACACGAAGACUACUCAAGGAGCCGGAGGGUAUUGUUAAAGAUGGAGUAGAAGAGGUAGAACCCUCUCAAGAUUCAAGUGUAGUAACUGAGGAAGUAGAAAAGAUGUCAUCUGUCCUGUCAACCAUGUGGCUUGGCUCACAAAGUGGCUCAAUAUAUGUUCAUUCAGCAGUCCGCCACUGGAAGCGCUGUCUACACUCGAUCAAGCUCAAGGACUCUGUGUUGUCCAUUGUACACAUCAAAGGUCGAGUCUUGGCUGCUCUUGCAGAUGGCACUGUGGCCAUAUUUCACCGGCAGGGAGAUGGACAAUGGGACUUGACCAAUUACCAUCUCUUAGAUCUAGGCAAACCUCAUCAUUCCAUCCGGUGCAUGCAUGUUGUACACAACAAAGUUUGGUGUGGGUACCGCAACAAAAUUCAUGUUGUUGACCCUAGGAUUAUGAAUGUAGAAAAAUCGUUUGAUGCCCACCCACGUAAAGAAUCACAAGUAAGACAGAUGGCCUGGAUUGGUGACGGUGUUUGGGUGAGCAUUCGGUUAGAUUCAACCCUUCGGCUCUACCAUGCACACACACACCAACACCUUCAAGAUGUUGAUAUAGAACCUUAUGUAUCUAAGAUGCUUGGUGUCUUCCCUGGAGGUACUAAUCAACAGUAUUAUUACAUCAGGAGUUGUGAUCUUAAGAUGUCAUUCUGAUGUGUUCACUUUACAGUAACAAUUAGUUGAAAAUUAGUCUCUGGAGCUGUUAUCUUAGGUUAAGCUUCCCAAUUUUUAACCAGCUGCUGUAAGAUUCGGAGUUAUAAUAUUUUUGUUUUGAAAAUUUUAACCCUUAAACUGCCCAAACGUA